CAGGCAGUGGCCGUCGUCUUGUGCUCGCUCGUCGCCGUCGCGCUGGCCGGCGCCGUGGUUGAUGGUGGCUACGGCGGCGGUGUUAGCACGGGAGUGGGCGGUAGCGUGGUGGUACUCAACUCCGGCGGCUAUGGCCACGGAAAGGUCGUGCCGGGGCCUUCAUUUCUAGUCAAGACGGUUCACCACGUGAACAAAGUCAGCUCUGGCGGCGCGGUGGUGGCACACUCGGGCUUGAGUGGCACACACGGAAACGGCGGAUACGGACACGGCGGCGUCGUCUACAUGCCCCUCUACGGUCUCGGCCUCGGAGCUCUGGGUGGUGUCGGUGCAGGAGCUUUCGGAGGCUACGGCGGCUAUGGAGGCUACGGAGGCUACGGAGGCUACGGCGGAUGGUAG